AUGGUUAGUGUUUCAUUAGGAGUGGGGUUAAGGGGAUAUUGGAAUGCGCCGGCCGCCAACGUAGCACCCGUGGCACCCCCGUUGCAGGUGUACACGUCGCGCGCCGCGCCGCCGCCCACCGUGCCUUCACACCAGCAGGUGGCGCCGCCUCUGUCACAGGAGAGCAGGGCGUACGGUACGGACGGUGCGUCGCAGGAGCAGCUGCCCGCCUACGAGGAGGUUCACGCGCACUGGUUCCACAAGAAGACGAUCGCCGGUAAACUGCAGUGGACGCCGUUCUCUCUCGUCGACUCGAUGCGCCUCGAGGACGUGCAUCAGAUGCUGCUGCGCGGCGAGGCCGCCCCGGGCUUCGUCGCGACGAUGGGAGGCCGCUACGACGUCAGCGUCGAAGAGCGCACGUGCAGCGCUGUCUACUGGCAGGAGACGGCGGCCGAGGUGCGCCGCUGCACGUGGUUCUACCGCGCCGAGGGCGAGACGAUCUUCGUACCAUAUGACGAGGCAUUCUCGGCGCGCCUCGAGGCCGAGUACCAUGCUGGCGCGACGACGGGCACGUGGAAUCGCCGCCUCGAGUUUCCGAGCGGCGACUCGGUCGUCAUGCACAACCGCGACGUCGUCGUGCAUUUUGCUGCCGCCGCUGACGCACAGCUUGCGGACGAGUGGGGCGCGGUUGAUCGCGACCUCAGGGUCAUGCGGCCGCGCGUCGUCAAGCGCGGCGUCGCCGACGUCGACGAGAUCGACGACGGCGAGGCGGCGCGCAUCGACCAUCUCGUCUUCAUCGUGCACGGCAUCGGCUCGGUCUGCGACCUGCGCUUCCGCGACGUCAUCGAGUGCACGGACGGCAUGCGGCUGCACGCGCGCUCGCUCGUCGAGACGCACUUCUGCGAGGCGGCGGCGGCGGGCGCGUGCGGACGCGUCGAGUACCUCCCCGUGCAGUGGCACACGUCGCUGCACGUCGGCCCCGCGGGCGUCGACCGGCUGCUGAAGGCGAUCACACUGCCGAGCAUCAGCAAGCUGCGGCACUACACGAACGACACGAUCCUCGACGUGCUCUUCUACACGAGUCCCAAAUACUGCCAGACGAUCGCCGAGGCCGUCACGCAAGAGCUGAACCGCAUCUUCGCGCUCUUCCUCGCGCGCAACCCGAGCUUCGACCGCACGCGCGUCUCCAUCGCCGGACACAGCCUCGGAUCGCUCAUCGUAUUCGACAUCCUCGCGCACCAGGGCGAGGCACCUGAGGCUCCGCCGCCACCAUCGCCCCCGCAGGAUGAGGAGGCAGCGGAGGAGGAGGAGGUGGGCGAGGGGGAGGUGGAUUUGCUUGCGGCUGUGCUGCAGGGGAUGGGGUUGGAGGAGUACGGCGCAAUAUUCGAGCGCGAGCAGAUGGACCUCGACACGCUGAUCAUGUGCGACGCGUCGGACCUGAAGGACCUCGGUGUGCCGAUGGGACCACGCAAGAAGCUGCUCAUCUACAUACAGGAGCACGCGGAGAGGAAGAGGAAGCCAGCGAAGAAACCCCUGCAGCAGCAGCAGCAGGAGAAGCCAGAUGCUGGACAGCAGGAGAAGCUGGAGUUUGGCGGUAGUUCAUUGUCGACUGCGUCGGCAGCGUACACGAUGGGGCAGGGUGGCACGGGGCAGGUGGCUGUGGCCUACCCGAAACUCGACUUUAACCUGUGCGCCUUCUUCGCGCUUGGAUCGCCGAUCGCUGUCUUUCUUACCGUUCGGGGCGUAAACGAGGUGUGUGAGGAGUACAGACUACCGACAUGCCCGGGUUUCUUCAACAUCUUUCAUCCAUUUGAUCCGGUUGCGUAUCGAAUCGAACCGAUGAUCAACAAGUCUUUCCAUUUGAAGCCAGUGCUCAUUCCACAUCACAAGGGAAGAAAACGAAUGCAUCUAGAGAUCAAGGAGAACAUGGCUAGAAUAGGUUCCGACAUCAAGCAGAAGCUGAUAGAGACAUUUAGGAGCACGUGGCACACGGUGGCUGAGUUCACACGCUCGCACACCGUCGGGCAAGAGGAGAUGGAUGCUGUCCAGAAGGCUGUGAUGGACAGUGCGAUAGAGGACAUGAGCAAAGAACAGGACGUGUACGCCGCGUCGGACACGUCGUCUGCCGUUAACGAGGACGAGGUCGUUAUCGGGCAGCUGAACGGCGGCGGCCGCCGUAUCGACUACGUGCUGCAGGAGCGACCGAUGGAGAGCCUCAACGACUACCUGUUUGCGCUGGCGAGUCACAUGUGCUACUGGGAGAGCGAGGACACGAUCCUGCUCAUGCUGCGUGAGCUCUACACGCUGCAGGGCGUCACGUCGGACCGCACGCGCCCCGAGUUCCCGCCGCCAGCGCCACCUAGCCUCGCGCAGGCUGUCUUGCAUCUCCAGCAGCAGCCCGCGUCUGCGCAGGGGGCGCCGCCGAUGUCGCAGCCGCAGGGGUACGCGCCGCCGAGCUUUAAUCCGGGGUACGCGCCGCCGAACUUUAAUCCGGGGUACGCGCCUCCGCCGCCCGGGCCCUCGAUGGCGCCACCUGCAUCCCAGGCGGCUGCGGCUGGCGGGUUAGUGGCGCCACCUCUUAGUGGGUUUGUGAGGCAAAAAUAAUCGUGAGGGGAAGGUUUGCACGAGGGAGGAGUUCAUGGCAGCAUCUGCUCAUGUGGCGCAUUCAGGCAUGAGAAUUAGCCGCGGAUUUCCGGGUUUUGGUUUUCAUUUUAGUCAUUCUUGAAAUUGAUGCAAAAAACUAAUAAAAAGUUUUUUUUGUGGGGUGAGGUGUACUUUUUUUGUCAAAAUGGACGCCAUAACGUCAGAAAAGGUACGUCAAAUUUCUCACAGAAGUAACGAAACUCCAGAUAAAUAUCGCGGUGUAUCUAUGUAAUGUAAAUUAAGGCAUGCUUUAAGUUAACCGCCACAUAAAACGUUGAAAUUUUCAUAGAAAAUGGCAAGAAGUUGAAUUGUUAGUCACGAAAUUGGUCUUUUACUAAGAACAGAAUGGCCUUACAAUUUUUAAACAUUUCCUGGGGCCAUGCCCCCAGACCCCCCUAGCAGGACAAUGUGCUAUGCACAUUGUUAUCGUUCCAUCGGCACAAAUUGAAAUAUUUCCUCCAAAAACAUCUCAACCUGUUCUCAUGCCUGAACAUUGGGGAGGGGGAGGGGUUUCCUUUCUUGUUGGCCCAUCUCUGCAGCCCUCUCAGAAAAAUGUAAGAUAUUGUCGGAAGGAACGUGGGGUUAACCCCUUCAAUAAUUCUGGUAGUGGCGAGAGCAAGGGUCGUGACUAUGAUGUGCUUAUGUGUUGCUGAAUUCACGUUCAGUUCCUCGUGAACCUUCCAGUUUCUUUAUCCCGUGAUGCGUCGAUUCCAACAUGUUGGAUAUUAUUGCUAUAUUUUGGUGAGUGUAUCAGUUUGUUGUUGGACUUGUUUGUGCCAUGUUAAUGUAAAUCAGUGUUGUUGGAUGCAAAUCCAGCACUGCUGUUAUGUCAGUGGAAUAUAUAAUAUAUACUGUAAAGGAAAAGAAGGGAAUUUUCUAUAAGGCUUCACUUGUGAGGCUUCCUUAGCCAUAAACAGAAACAAGAGUCCAUAAUAGGAAAAGAUUCUAUUAUGGACUCUUGACAGAACACAUGUGGGUGAGCAUAGAAGACAACAGCAGUAUUCCUGGCAGUGUGUUCACAUGUUAUCUGCUUGGUUGCUGAUUGUACUCGUGCAGGUUGCAGCUGUCGUUGAUUGACAUUGUGCUGCAGUGGCAGUAUCCAGUGUCAUCAAUCCGGCAUCACGUCCUCCUCACGGACGUUAAUGUUUUAAUGGGAACGGGUAACUCUGUCGAGCUUACCCAUUCUCCUGCGUUGUUGCUCUGUAGAUGGCGCUGGAGGUCUACUCGUAGAACGAUGCAGGUGUCUAGGUGAUUUGUUAGCUCGGGGGACUGUACAGUUAAAGCUGGUUACGAACGCGCUUAGUAUAAUAGAGUAAAUAUAUAAGUUAUUUCACUAGGCUGUCUGCGCUGCAGAGUUGCCACUGUAUUUUCUCGUUGUUUUGUGUAAUUUGCUCGUGAUUGGCUAUGAACGCGAGGUGAGAUAAGAGUGGAAGAUGACAGGAGAGAAAUUGGUGGAUGCCGGAGGGGGGGGGGUGAAGCUGAGAUAUGAGAUGUGGCUGUAAGAGAAAGCUCAUGUUAUUAGUUAUUGGCGUCAUCGAACGCCGCUCUAGAUCUACCUAUUAAUUACUGUUAAAUAAGCACUUUAGUUACCAUGGUUACUUUUCCUAGUUACAUAGUUAACUUUUAAUUAUGUGCCGUGUGAAGUGCACGUUACAUCGAAAUAUCACAUUACAGGUAUUCAUUGCCAUUACACAUGAGAAUGUCAGAGUUCAAGGUUAGCUGACGUGCCUGCAGCGUGUGAGUGCACACUGCGGCUUGUCCGGUCGGAACAGCGUGAAGUCAUUAUAUGGAAUGUGUGGAGGGGAAGUGACAGUUCCCUAACGGUCCAUGCAUUAAAUAUUUAGAGCUGUCGUUAUCAAUAGAAUAGUUCUUCGUUACAGCUAGUUUGCUCUGCAUGUGUGUCGCUGUAGGUUAGGUAAUGCUGAGACAGGCUGUCAGUCAUAUAUAUCUCGUUGCCAUACCCUUAUUAAAUGUUGCCGUACGUGACCCGCACGCUUGCGAAUUCAAGAGUGGAUUAGAACUAUAUAUAGGCAGGGAAACGGAGAGAAAAGUACCGAAUAUAAUGUAAAAAAAAAUGUCCUCUCUCUCUCUUUCUCUCUCUCUCUCUCUCUCUCUCUCUUUCUCGCUCCCUCUCUCUCGUUAUAUAUAUAAUAUAUAUAUAUAUAUCGCUCUCUCGCUCACUUAGUGCUUUCUCUCACUUAUUCUUUCCAUCUCUCUCUCACGUUUUCUCGCUCUCUUUAGCUUCAAAUAUAUCAUCGUCUAUAGUUAGAUGUUACUAACAAUAUUCCAACCUCGAGAGUGCGACCUGCUUCUAUAACCUGUGGUAGACAAGCUUCGUGUAGUGGCGUAGGUUAAUGUAGGUGCUACCACAUGCUGCCUACAAGUGAAUAUUGCAUGUGUAGUGCUUCCUACGCAACAACGCCUACAGCCUCCGGCAGCCGUAGCCCUGGGAUGGUAAUGUGUGUUUUUAUGAAAUUUACACUGAGCCGAAUAACUAGAGUGCAGGGGGAUAGGGAAGUUAGUAUAUCUGCGUAUGGGUACUUGUACAGGUUCUACUGUGCAAUGCCGUGAUGAUGAUAAUGAUAUAAUAUAUAUAUAUAUAUAUAUACGUAUAUACAUUAUGCUUGCCUUUAAGAAGAUUUUAUGGUUGGGUGCGUUACGGAGCGGUUAUCUACAAAAUGGUAUUUUACUGAAAGUCGGCCGCAUUAUGAAACAUGAAUUUGUUCGUGCGCGGUGCGGGGUUAAGAGAAUAAACUUGUUAAAUGUACGUAUAAACGACA